CAGCUGUGGGAGGUGGAAGCCCAGACUCUCCCGGCAGUCGCUGCUGGAUGAGGGACCAUGGCAGACCGGAUCUGCCGCUGUUCGAAACAGAACUUGGCGCUUAUAAACGCAAACACAUUUGCGGAGAAAACAUGCGCACCGAGAGACAUUUCCGCGCCGGUGCUUUACUUCUAACCGUGCCUUCUUCGUUAAACCCUUCGAGGAGUUCACAUGUCCGCUCGUGGCGCUGUCGUCGUGGCGGAGGAGAUGUUUAACAGAGCCAGGGAGACGCGCGGAGUUCGGACGUGUGUUUACUAGCUUGCCACACAAACCCGCUGAUCCAGAGACGCACGGCGCCAACUACGAGGCAGCGCGGAUGUAGCCUUCCGGAGGAGGAAAGCGAAACCGUGAACCUGCCAACGUGGCCGGUGCGUUUUUUUUGGGUUUACGUUCUCAGCGCUGUGUGCCAGCCAGGAUGCAGGUGAAGAAGCACCGGGACUCGGACCGAAGCAGCGGGAACAUGCUGGAAAGAGACGGCCUCAGCAAAACCUCCUCCUGCUUCUCAAACAUAAAGAUAUUCUUGAUAUCAGAAUGCGCCCUCAUGCUGGCACAGGGCACCGUGGGAGCCUAUCUGUUGAGCGUGCUGACCACCCUGGAGCGGCGCUUCAACCUGCAGAGCGCUGACGUGGGAGUGAUCGCCAGCAGUUUUGAGAUUGGCAACCUGGCACUGAUCCUGUUUGUCAGCUACUUUGGGGCAAAAGCACACCGACCACGUCUGAUCGGCUGCGGCGGGAUUGUCAUGGCCCUCGGCGCGCUUCUUUCCUCCUUGCCUGAGUUUUUGACAAAACAGUAUGAGAUGGGGAAAAUUCAGAGGACUGAUUCUGGUCGGGACGUUUGCUCCAACGCCAGUGAGACUCAACGUGAGGAAGCUUUGUGUGCCCUAAAGGCCAACACCAACAUGAUGUAUCUGCUGCUGAUUGGAGCACAGUUCUUGCUGGGAAUUGGCAGCACACCAGUGCAGCCCCUUGGGGUUUCUUAUAUUGAUGAUCAUGUGAAGAGGAAAGUCUCCUCCCUCUACAUAGGAAUCCUUUUCUCCACCUUGGUGUUCGGACCUGCCUGUGGCUUCAUCCUCGGCUCUCUUUGCACUAAAUUAUAUGUAGAUUUCAUCUUCAUCGAUACCGGUAUGCUGGGCAUCACUCCAGAUGACCCUCGGUGGAUCGGGGCCUGGUGGGCCGGCUUCCUCCUGUGUGGUGCCUUAUUGUUCUGCUCGGCUCUCUUCAUGUUUGGCUUUCCUCACUCGCUGCCAGUGAAGGAGAGGGACGAGGAAGCAGAGAGCGACCAGGUUAUGCUCCCUCCUCCUCUCAGCCCGGAAUCUCCUAAGCCCAGCAAUGGAGUGGUGCUCUGCGUUGAGCCUGCCAACGGCGCCACCUGCUGUCAGCAGCUGAGAGUGAUCCCCAAAGUGACCAAACAACUGCUAUCCAACCCGGUGUUCACCUGCGUCAUCCUGGCAGCCUGUAUGGAGGUCGCCGUCGUGGCGGGCUUCGCGGCCUUCCUGGGAAAAUACCUGGAGCAGCAAUUCAACCUCACCACAACCUCAGCCACCCAGCUGCUAGGUAUGACAGCCAUCCCAUGCGCAUGUCUGGGGAUCUUCAUGGGUGGCCUGCUGGUGAAUAAGCUCAACCUCUCAGCUCUGGGAGCCAUCCAAAUGGCUAUGAUGGUCAACCUGGUUUCUACUGCCUGUUACGUGUCUUUCCUGUUCCUGGGCUGUGACACGGGUCCCGUUGCAGGAGUCACGGUCCCUUAUGGCAACGAGACACUAAAUGUGGGAGAGAAACCAGAAGCUCAUUGCAUCAGUCACUGCCACUGCUUCACCUCCUCCAUCAGCCCCGUCUGCGGCUCCAACGGCAUCACCUACCUGUCUGCCUGCUUCGCCGGCUGCAGCCCGUCCGUUAUCUCUCAGGUCGCGUCAAACACCUCUCAGAACCUGACUGGAUGUUCUUGCAUACCUACUAAAACCGGACACGCCUCUGCAAUUCCAGGGAAAUGUCCAAUGCCGGGCUGCCAGGAGGUUUUCCUUAUCUUCCUGUGUGUGAUUUGUGUCUGCAGCAUGGUGGGAGCCAUGGCGCAGACGCCCUCCGUCAUGGUCCUGCUCAGGACCGUGAACUCUGAGCAGAAAUCAUACGCUCUUGGAGUUUUUUUCCUUCUGCUGCGACUUGUUGGAUUUAUUCCUCCUCCUCUGAUCUUUGGUGCGGGGAUUGAUUCCACUUGCCUUUUCUGGAGCUCGGACUGCGGCGACAAGGGCGCCUGUCUGCUGUAUGACAACAUGAAGUACAGACACCUCUACGUGAGCCUCGCCAUCAUCCUCAAAGGCAUGGCCUUCCUCCUCUACUCCACCUCGUGGCUCUGCUUGCGCCGCAACUACAAGAAAUACAUCAAAGGAAACGAGGACCACUCGCCAUCGACGGAGUUUUGCCCAUCCCUCAUCGACGGCCCCAAACUCGUGGACAGAACAAAGUUUAUAUAUAGCCUAGAGGACCAUGAGUUUUGUGAAAACAUGGAGUCGGUUCUAUAAGGAGAAUGUGGACUUUCACCUCCUCCUCUCAUGAUGUUUGAUUUAAAGGCCCGUACAGGUCAGAGGUGCUUUUCCAAAAGGGGUCCACUCUAGGUGUUUAUCAGCAAGGUGUCCUUGCAUGUUGCCACUGAGAUCCUGUGUUGACUUGUUGGUAGAACAACUGUACCCCUUGGUCCUUUUUCAGCGAGUGGAUUUAUGACACCAUCUCCACUCUAGUUCUUGUGUUGGGUCAACCACGAUCCCGGUAAUCGUAAUAUAUGGGGGGGAGGGGGACAGUUUUUUUUUUUUCAGUCAGCACUAAGUUCUGUCACUGAAAUAUUUAGAUUUUAUAGUUUGAAGAAAAAAAAGGAAAGAAGAACCACUCGAGUGAGUUCUUCGGUCGUUGCCAAGUGUUUACAAACUAAUAGCCGAUCAGUCACUGUAGUUUUGCUUCAGUGCAGGAAGGUUUCUUAUAGAAAGAGACCAGAACCACCCGGACCGGGUUAUUUAUAGUGGCCUAUUAGACGUUGCUUUUGCUGGAUCUUGGAAUCUGUUUUUGAUACUCGCCUAGACUGGAUGCUCCUAUAUCAUAGGUGCAAUUCAGAUCUGAUAUUACUUUUGCACUGCAGCAGGUUGCUUCACAUUCAUGUUUGUUUGCAGAAUUCAUUCAGCCUCAUUUGUCUUAAACAAGGGAUUAAAAUGUUUAGAUUCAGAUUAUUCCUUCCUUUCUUUAGUUUGGCAUCUCCACCAAGCGAAGGAGCAAAAUCUGAAAAAUAAACCUUGUCACGCAAUUAUGAGCGUUUAUUAGGUUGUGCUAAAAAACAACAGUAUAAAUUAAAUAUAGCAUAAUCUAAUGUUUGCGUGUCUUAUCACAGAACGUGUUAGAAGUAAAUGUGUCUGUGUUUAGGAUCAGACGCAGCUUGUAAGAUCCAAAGUUCAGAAACAAGAUGGAAGGCUUGACUCGCGUUACUCGACUCAUCCCUCUGCAGUUACGGUUACACUUUGUCCCUUUUUCUUAUACUUUUUGUAUGGCAAAAUAUCAUUUAUUUUGUUCUGGAAAUAAAUUAUUUUUCAGAAAAAUUCAACAGAA